AUGGCCGAUGAAAAGAAACAAAAUCCCUUUGAGAACAUGGGACCCUCUUAUGAAGAAGAGACACCAGACCACCCUCCAGCAUACACAGCUGCAGGACCGUCCACACCAGGCCCAUCGAUACCAGCCGCAGUAUCCUAUGUCUCUCAAACAAGCAACAAGCCAAUCGCAAUCCCAGCCAUCGCCUCCUUGUUUGACUCUCCCUUCAUCCGUGCCUACCCACCAGUGCUAAAAAAGCAUCAACUACCCAAGGAAUCCUUCCUCGCUUUCAUCGACCAACUGAACAAAGAGAUAGCCGCUAGUCCGCCCCUCCAAGUCCUCGAUGCAACGGGUGGGAUCUUAAGCUCCGUCCCGAUUCUGUUUCCUCUACACUGGAUUGGGUCCGCUGUCAGUGGACUCGCGAAUCUAGGCAGCCAAGGCGUGUCCAAAAGUCGUACGGACUCCUCUAUCAAACAAGCCAAUAAGGACAUUUUUGGCCCACGUGGCUUAAAAGUUGAGAUUGCAAAGCUAGAUGCCCUGGCGCAUAUUGCUAAGAUCCCGAUAUUGGAUGCUCAAGGGAAGAUCAACCGAGAGGCGCCUUUGUCUCGACAGCUUUGGAAUGAGCCGUCCACGGCCUACGCCGAGAACAAUGACAGAAAGGAGCAGGACAUCUCUCCACAGAGGAUUCGGACUCUACAGCCUUGGAUUGCUGAGCUCGAGUUUGAGAUCCUGCCUUGGUCUUCCAAGUCUAAAUUGACGCGUUUCAAUGCCGCCCUGAGAAAGCGGAAUGACCCGAAGGAUCAGGAAACUAGGGAUGAUGGAAAACGAUGUGAUGCUUAUACUGAUGAGGCUGAUGCGCAGGAAGCUUCUCUUCGGAAAGCCUUGUGGCUGGUCAUUCGAGAGGUCGAGACAGAUGAAAAGCGUUAA